GGGAUGAGCAUGAUGCAAGCCAGCAGACGAUUUUCAAAGCCUGUUUUAGAUCUGUGUGCUAAGUGUUCUAACCUAAGAUACUCAAGUAGUGUGAAGGUUCCCAGGACAAGUUGCUGGAAAGAAAUUAGAGAUGAGGAAUUACCAAAGGUUCCGGAGAUUGACAUGGAAUUGAUCAAUCACCUGGAGAGGCUGUCUUUGGUGAACUUUAAUAAUCAGGCAGGUGUCGAGAGACUGUCCAAAGCCAUACGAGCUGCCAAUCAGCUGUUCAUGGUCAAUGUUGACGGGGUAGAGCCAAUGGACUCAGUGCUGGAGAACAGACAUUUGUAUUUAAGAAGCGAUGACAUAGUAGAAGGCAACUGUAGGAAAGAAGUUUUGGAAAAUGCAUCAAAAACAGAAGAGGACUAUUUUGUGGCUCCACCAGGAAACAUACCUCUGAAACAGAAGAAGUCUGGAUAUGGUGUGAAAACAGCUUAAUGCUGGAGGGAAGGCAAAUACCGGGACCCUAAUGUACAGCUAACAAGUGCGAAGACCAGUGCCCAGAGAACUAUAUCAGUUAUAAUGGACAGGGACGCCUGUGCCUGAAAAAGAUAAAAUAUAACAAAAAACGGCGAUUGUGUUGUGGGAGUAUUAACACUGUUUUAAGCAUAGAAACCAGAGAAUAUUUUUUAUCACUUCCCAUUUUCAGUAUGUACAUGUAUUCUUCAUGCAGAUAAAUGGGUUUCAGUUUUGUAAUGAAAACCAAGAAGUUAUUA